AUCAUCAAGCACGAAAUUUAUGCGAAAUUUAUCGGCUGAUUGUUGACAUUUCGCGCAUGUUUCCCUUUUGAGUUGUGUGACCGAGUCCUAAAUUCCUGGGAGCGAAAAUUUGUGUUUGUGUUGUCGGUUCGCACUGAAGACGACUGAUCGCAUAUAUACUGAUCAUCGCCAAACGUUUGACGACUGGCAAAAUAAUCGCAAAGCAUUGCUCACGAUUGGCAGCAACGCUUUGCAACAUGUGGACACAACGCAGUACGGCUAAACUCCGCAUGAUCAAGCUGGUUGACCCUGCAACCAAAGCUUUCCGUCUUCGUGCUAGACUGGUGUGAGAGCUAGUGCGUGGCCUGAUGAAGCAUAUAGUACUUGCUGGAAUACGCUGCCAUGGCGAAACCGAAACAAGGCCGAGAAGCAUGAACGCUUCGACGAACGUUUUUAUGGCGUCAUACACGUAAGCAGUGCGCAGUGUUCGCGUAAAUUAACAGCUGCUAUGAGUGAGUGAUAAAGAACCGCACGGUUACGCUCGAAACGAGUGUAAUAUGAUGCGGGAAACCGUGCACUCCAUGCAGUGCCACAGCGCGGGCAAAUGGUCAUACGCCGUCGUUCAAAAAAGUGGAUUCGCCUCUACGAAUGGCUUCAUCGCUGUACCUCUCCAGCUGGAGCCGUCCCCUCAACAAGGCUUGCAUGAGGGAAGGCAUCUGCUGCAGCGUCCCGUGCGCAGAGAUGCAACAACUUUCCUCACAAGCAAGGGAAUGGGCAAGCGACCACACAAGUGCAUCUACUGUGGCAAGGUGUUCAAAUGGAAGAGCGACCUGCACAAACACCUACGUAUCCACACUGGCGAGAGACCAUUCUACUGCCACCUCUGUCCCAUGAAAUUCACACAGAAGGAGGGUCUCGUUCGCCACAUGCGAACGCACACGGGCGAGAAGCCAUUUCACUGUCGCUUCUGUCCAAUGGCUUGUGCAGACGACUCCAACCUGAGGAGGCACGAGGCAACACACACGCGGCGGGCUCCUCACGAUGUGUACCCGAGCGCACCGUAGGUAAUGUGAGUGUGGUGAGCAAUAGGUAAGGGUUUGUAUGGGGUGUGUCGACAGCACUUAUCUCCGAAUGUUGAGAACAUCUGCAUUGAAUCAAAAAUAAUAAAAGUUGCAGACAUCAGGAUUUGUAUGGUAAUUGCCAACAAGAUCAUCAACUCCUGUGCUUAGUUUCUUAAAUAUUUACUUUGGCACACAUGGCUCCAGUUGCGGAAGUACAUGACGGCAGUCGAGGCUCGAUACAUUACCAGUAAGUACAAAUCGCAUUAAUUCAGCAGUGUUCCUGUAUGCACUUGCAUUGACCUUGUAUAGCUGUUGGUCAGAAGCCAGUCGGAGCAAGGUGUGUUUAGAUCCUUACAAGAUGGUGUAGAAUUAAGUAGGUUUUGCACAAGAUUUCACAUAACUCCACCAGAUUAUGCAGGAUUUAUGUGUGGAACAUCACUCUGUAUUACUCUGUAAACACUAACACUCGGAAAUAUGAUUUUUAAAAAAAUGUUUUUCAGGCAGCCACCACAAACAUACACAAAUUACUACCAAAGCACGUUCCUGAAUAGACGCAGAACAAAAGUUUGA